AACACCGUUUCCUCUUCUCCCGGCCCAGCGCCUCCGAUGAAUUCCUCGUCCAGGACGUGGCCAUUCGGGGAGCCCCACGGCUGCGACGGCGACGGCUGCGCCUCCAACCUGGACACCUGGCCACUACACCACGCGUACCGCCGCGGCGAGCGCUGCCGCCUCUGCAGCUCCUGCAUCCUCCUCUCGGAUCGCUCGGUCUACUGCUGCUGCUGCUUCCUACUCAUCACCUCGCCGUCGUUCCACUACGACGAUGACGACCCCCUCAUGGCCCCACCCGGCCCGACCGUCACCUGCCAAGUCUGCUGCAGUGCAGUCGCGCACCUGGCCUGCCUCUAUGAGCUCUAUCCCGCCGGCUACGGCGUCUUCGUCUGCCCCGCCUGCAGCGCGGCCGAGGAGGGGAGGCCCUUCACCUACGCGCCGCCCUGCAGGCAGCCGCUCGACGCGCGCGCCGCGAGGGUGCUCCUGCUGGGGGCGCGGAUGGCGCUGGCGCUUCUGCAGCGGGAAGCGGCCGCGGCGCGUGCCGAGGCGGAGCGGCUGGCCCGGGAGGCCGGCGAGGCGCGGAGGAGGGCGUACCGCGCCCUCAGAGAGGCCCUCGGCGUCGACACGCAGGAGGCGGCCUGGUACUUCAACGCCGACCAGCCGCCGGUGGUGCCAACGCAGGCCCCCGAGAAUAAUCGCCCGGCGGCGCCGGAACAAUGCAGGGAAACGAACAUCGUGGACGCGCCGCAGCCCCACGAGGAUCACCUGGCAGCGUCUGAAGCAGGCAGUCAGGCGAACAUGGAGGACGCGCUGCUGGUGCAGCGCUACGCGAUGCCACCUCUGGCCGGGCUAACCAUCGGCACGGGGUGCGCCAUGGCGGUGGCAAUGGCUCCCGCCGAGUCCAGCCACACGCCACCGUGGUCGUCCUGGUCGCUGCCGCCGUUCGGCGCCCAUGAGGUGACAAAGACAGCCGCCGAGUCCUCAAAGUCCUCAAGGGCUUGCCCCGCGCCGCCGCGGACGCUGGACCUGUUCAGCAUCAGGGAGAUGGCGAUGGCUGCCGCCGAGGCCGCCAGGGCCAGCCCGCCGGCGCCGCGGACGCUGCAGCUGUUCCCGGCCGACAAGCCCAGCGCCAGCCCCAAGAUGCAGCGGACGCUGCAGCUGUUCGAGGAUAAGAUUCCGGAUGAUGAGGAGGAGAUGUAACGAUGCUGGGGAUCGAGCUUGAUGCCAUCAGAUUGAAGGGAGGUGUUUCCUUACUAUACUUUUUUCAAAAAAAACUUGUUAGUUCUGGUCAGUGAUUUAAGAUAGAUGGGAUGCGUGUGCCCCAGAAUUGUAGUUGAGAACUUGAGAUGGGUUCUUGUUGAAUCGUUUGUCCAUCUGACAUGUAUCGUAUCGUAUAUCUUGGUUUGACAUACCAUGUUGCCAUGUACUAUGAUGCUAUUAGAAAUUUAGCAGUGAACAAUGUAAUGGAUGCAGGUAUUCUGAAAUUGAUGCCAUAUGCAAAUUUUAAACUUCAAAUUACCCAAAGAGAUAGAGUUUCUGGAGUUGCCUCAAUAUCCAUACGGUUGCUGUUUGCUUGCGAUGUUUUUCUAACAGAUUUUGCUUGUAAUGGUGAAGUGUGCUAUGUCUGUUUAUACUGACAGGCUGAAAUGACUGCGAAUUGGAGGGCAUUUUAUCAGUCUUAAGUUUCCUCCGUUGCUUAAUCUGCCUCUGCAACUCAUUCUCCAGCUCAGUUCAUCUGAUUUUGAAGUAGUCAUUUGUUUUCUUGAGCUACUGGAUUACUUUGAAGUUUGAACAGUACUUGAUUGCUAUGACUUUGAACAGUACUGGACCCAGC